AUGGUGCACGCCAAAUCCAAGAAAACCGCCGGGCUGGGCAACGCCCUGAUGAACGAUCGCUUUGGCAAGGGUCGCGGCGCGGAUAGGAAGAAGAGUACCAUCACGAGAGUGAACCAUGCUACAGGAGAGGAGUACCUCACGAACGAGCGACCAGAAGCAUCAUGGGUCAAAAUGCGAUCAGUCACGGAGCAAGGCGCUCUCGACGAGUUUCUUGCGACCGCAGAGUUGGCGGGCACGGACUUCACGGCGGAGAAAAUGAACAACGUCAAGAUCAUCCACACCGACCAGAAGAACCCGUACUUGCUUUCUGGAGCAGAGGAAAGAGCUAUCAUUGGCAAGCAGAAGGCUCACAGGGGACGCUUGACAGUCCCGAGAAGACCAAAGUGGGAUGCUUCCACCACACCGGAGGAGCUGGACAGACGAGAGAGAGAGAGCUUUCUGGACUGGCGCCGAGGUCUUGCCGAACUUCAGGAGAACAACGAUCUUUUGAUGACGCCAUUCGAGCGUAACCUCGAAGUGUGGAGGCAACUUUGGCGUGUAAUCGAAAGAUCAGACUUGAUCGUUCAGAUUGUCGAUGCCAGGAAUCCGUUGCUUUUCAGAUCUGAGGAUUUGGAGCACUACGUCAAAGACAUCGACUCGGAGAAGGAGAAUCUGCUGCUUAUCAACAAGGCAGACAUGCUCACGCUGACGCAGCGGAAGAUGUGGGCCAAGUACCUAAAGGAGAACGGUAUUGCGUACAGAUUCUUCUCUGCGCAUCUUGCGAAAGAGCUACUCGAGGCCAUGGAAAGCGAAGAGUCAGAGUCAGAAUCAGAGUCAGAAGAACAGCCGGCUGGCGGCAGCUCUAAGACUACCCCGAAGGAUGUCGCAUCCGCCGAGGAGGAGAGCUCGGAGGAGGAAGAGGAAGAGAAGGAUGACCACGAAGAGGGCGGCGCGGAAAUAUCUCAGCCGGAGCCUGAAGUCGACGUUGAUGAUGAGGAUACGAGAAUCCUUACAGUCGAGGAGCUGGAGGACAUCUUUCUCAGCCACGCUCCUGAGAACGCAGAGCCUAGCCACAAGCUGCAGAUUGGUCUAGUUGGAUACCCCAACGUGGGAAAGUCUUCCACUAUUAACGCCUUGAUUGGUGCCAAGAAGGUUUCAGUUUCGUCAACGCCAGGAAAGACAAAACACUUCCAGACAAUCCACCUCAGCGACAACGUUGUCUUGUGCGAUUGCCCUGGUCUGGUCUAUCCCAACUUUGCAAACACCAAAGCCGACUUGGUCUGCAACGGUGUGUUGCCCAUUGAUCAACUGCGAGAGUUCCAGGGACCGGCUGGGCUGGUCACCAGGAGGAUACCGAAGUCCUUCUUGGAGGCCGUCUACGGAAUCAAGAUCAAGACCCGCGCUAUCGAAGAGGGAGGUACUGGUAUUCCCACCGCUCCGGAGUUGCUCCGCGCAUACGCCAGGGCCAGAGGCUUCCAAACCCAGGGAUUGGGUCAGCCUGACGAGUCGAGAGCUUCUCGCUACAUUCUCAAGGACUACGUCGCCGGAAAGUUGCUGUACUGUGAGCCACCACCAGGAACAGUCGACGGGCCGGAGUUCAACGCAGAGCUCUAUGACGAGACUCAUCUCCCCGAGAAGCGGCGUCAAGCUCUUAACGCGUCUCUGGAUACCAUGUCCAUUGUUGGCGACGAUAUUUCGAUAGCGCCCUCGGACUUGGCAGCCCUUCCGGCCGGCCCUAAGUCCAAGCAGAUUGACAAGGGUUUCUUUGGUCCCACCAACAGCGGCGGUCACACCAAGAUGCCAUUCAGCCACAAGUACACGGAGCAGGGCCAGAAGCACUUGAGUGGGAGAAAGGCACGGGCAAUGAUUGCUCUGGAGAGUGGCGUUGAUCCCAAAGACGUAAAGCUGUCGUCAGGAAAGAAGCAUUUCAAAGGAGGUGCGAAGACCAGAAAGGGUAAGAAGAAGGCCGAUGAGGAUGACGACUAG